AUGCAGCCCACAUGCCUGAAUAUCAUCCACUUCGAGCCCACCCAACGUGCAACACCUGUUGCACGUGCACGCACUCGCCCAAACCCCACCAAUUCCCUCCCUCCCUCCCCCCUUCCCUCCCUCCCUCCCCUACUCUCCACUUCACCCGGCAGCGAGUGGUGGCCUUCAUAUCGUACGGCUACGAUCUCAUCAUGCAGGCCACAUGCCUUACCAUCAUCCACUUCGAGCCCACCCACUCACCCAAACUCUACUCCUUCCCGCCACCCAUCCCACCCCUACACUCCCCCUCUCUCCCCACAGCGAGUGGUGGCGUUCAUAUCGUACGGCUACGAUCUCAUCAACUUCCAGCCCAACAUGCAGCACCUGCUGGACUCGCUGGGUGCCGUGCCCAUCCUGGGGCGCUUCUAUGUGGACUACAACCUCACCCGCUUCCUGCACUCGCCCCAGCUGACCCACAUCUUGAGCUACACGGACCCGUACUUCUUCCGCGAGCGCCUGAGCAUGCCCAAGCUGCUCAUUGCCGCCUCCAACGACGAGUUCUUCUCCAUGGAUGACUCGUACUUCUACUACAACGGUCUGCCACGCCCGACGCUGCUCAAGAUCGUCGCCAACCUGGACCACAUGGUCAUUCAGAAGUCCUACUGG